UCGCAUUUUCUUAUCUUACGGUCAGUAGAAACGCAAUCGUCGUCAUCUUUACCACGAUCAUCUCUGUUACUUUAUUGUAAUAACUAGUUAACAUUCAUCGAUUCUUUACAUGGCUAUAUCUCAAGAAAAAGCAUUCUAAAUAUAUCUUAACGAAACAUUCUAAAGAAGCAUUCCUAUACAUUGCGAAAAUUAAAAUUGAUAGAAGACUCAUCAGUUCGUUAAACUAGUGAUCAAGUAUUGUGUCAAUUAUUGGAAAUUGUGGAUUUAUAUUCCGACUUCAUAAGAGUUGCAAAGAGAAUUGCGAAAAUUGAUAAAAACUCUUGCUACAUAGAACAAUAAGAUGGCGCAAAAAAGAAAUUACGUUGAAGAUAUGUUGAAUAUGUCGGAUUCUCCGGCAAAGGACGCUAGCGAUUAUCAAAGUGAAAUCCCUCAAUUCUUCGCAGGUUGUAAAGUUCUUCUAACAGGUGCUUCAGGUUUCCUCGGUAUACUUCUAAUAGAAAAGUUAUUGCGAUGCUGCCCAGAUAUUGAGAAGAUAUACGUAUUAAUGAGAGCAAAGAAGGAAAAAUCACCAGAAGAGCGAUUCAAAGAGCAUUUCAACAAUCCUGUUUACGACAGACUAAAAGAAAAGCAGCCCAAUUUUGGCACCAAAGUAAUAAUGGUAGAAGGUGAUGUAAGCAAAUUAGAUCUCGGAUUAUCACCGGAAAAUCGAAAACUUAUUUUAGAUACAAAUAUAAUUUUCCACGGAGCAGCAACUGUACGAUUUAACGAAUCCAUUCGAGUUGCAGUCAAUAUAAACGUGAGAGGAACAAAACAAAUGCUUCUCCUCGCGAAAGAAAUGCCAGAUUUUAAGGCUUUUAUACAUAUAUCUACCGCAUUUUCUCAUUGCAUAUACGACUUUAUUGAAGAAAAGUUUUAUCCUCCACCUAUUGAAACGGAUAAAAUUUUAACAUUACUCGAUAUUUUGAACGAUGAACAGUUGGAAAAAUUAACGCCGACAUUAAUAGAUAAAUGGCCGAAUACAUACACCUUUACAAAAGCAAUUGCUGAAGAUGCUGUGCGGCAAUACAGUACUGGAAUUCCGGCCUGCAUCGUACGCCCAUCAGUUAUAAUAUCAACGGCAAAGGAGCCAAUGCCUGGAUGGAUUAACAAUGUAUACGGAGCGGCAGGCGUAGUCAUGGGUGCUGCUAUAGGUUUAUUACGUACUUUGCAUUGCCCACCUGAAAAUGUAGCAGAAGUAGUGCCCGCCGAUUAUGUCAUUUCUCACGUCAUCGUCGCAAGUUGGGACCUCGCCAAAAAAAAAAAUGAUCUACUCAGUAUUGAAAACGCGAAUCCGGAGAUACAAGAAACCGAAAGAAUGCCGAUUUACAACUAUGUAUCAAUAUGUCAAAAUUCCCUCACUUGGCGGAGAUUUCUGAAUUUGAAUAAGGUUUACGGCAUGCAAAUAGUAAGCAAGCAGGUUAUUUGGUAUUAUAUGCUCCUGCUAAACAAAUACAAAUUCGUACAUCAACUCUGCGUAAUAUUGUUACAUAAAAUACCUGCUGUUAUAUGUAAUAUUCUGUUGUUCCUUAGCGGACGAAAACCUAUGCUACGAAAAGUAUAUGCAAAGAUAAACAAAUUUAACUCCGUGAUAUCGUACUUUUCAUCACAACAAUGGCGGUUCUGUAACGACGCUGUUAUAAACCUCUGGGAACGCAUGAAUCCAGCUGAUCGCGAGAUUUUCAACUUUAACAUAGAUGAUCUAGACUGGGAAUCACAUCUUAAACAUAUGAUUCCUGGUAUGCGCGUAUACUUAAUGAACGAUCCACUGGAUACUAUAGAAAAAGGACGAGAGAAAUAUAGGAAGCUAAAAAUUGCUCAUUAUACACUAAUAACCGUUUUUUUGAUUUUGCUAAUAUGGUGUAUUUUAAGCUUAAUAUUUCGCAUAAUAUCAUUAUUUUGAUUUAUAAAAUUUUCUUUGUUGUUAAGUUGGAGUUUUAAUGGCAAAAAUAAAUCACGAUAAUAAAAG